UAUUUUGGGUUUUGCAAAACCCAAUCCUAACUCAAUCUCGUUGCCUCAAUUUUGCAGCCACGACCCGAUCGAAUAACCGUCCGGGUCGGACCCGGAGGAUCUCCCUCUCUCUCUCGCUCUCUCUCUCGCUCCCCCCUUCCCUUUUGUUCUGCCUUCAAAUAUUCAAACAAAAAUUUGUCUCUCUCUUAAACAACAUUUUUUUUUUCCUUCUUGCAAUCGAGUCAGUUUGUUGUCUCUGUGAAUUACUGCUUGCUUCUUUAACGGAUGCUUUUGGGCUCCUCCUCUCGAACUGUUUUUUUGAGGUUGGUUAAGGAGAAGGAAGAGAAGGAGGAGGAGAAAACAUGGGUCGUCCUCCGAGUAAUGGAGGCCCCGCCUUCCGCUUUACUCAAACCGAGGUUGCUGAGAUGGAAGCUAUUCUGCAACAGCACAAUAAUGCAAUGCCGCUUCGUGACAUUCUUGUAGGACUAGCAGAGAGGUUCAGUGAGUCAGCAGAUCGAAAAGGGAAGAUUGCGGUGCAAUUUAAGCAAGUUUGGAAUUGGUUCCAAAAUAGACGCUAUGCUAUAAGAGCAAAAUCUAGCAAGGCUCCAGGGAAGUUGAAUGUAUCAUCCAUGCCCCGAGAUGAUCCACCUCUAGUGAGAAAUAUGCCUCAACCUUUAGUUGCUCCUAUACCCACUCCAAUGCCGGCACACAUGCCUGCUCAAAUACCUGCUCCUUCAGUUCCUAGCAUGGUGAGGAGUGCUUCAGAAAGUUCGUACUUGGAAUUUGAAGCUAAAUCUGCUAGAGAUGGUGCGUGGUAUGAUGUUCAAAUGUUUCUAUCUCAUAGAAAUUUGGAUGCAGGUGAUCCGGAAGUACAAGUUCGGUUUGCUGGUUUUGGACCAGAGGAGGAUGAGUGGGUUAAUGUCAAAAAGCAUGUUAGGCAGCGGUCUCUCCCAUGUGAAGCAGCUGAAUGCGUUGCUGUUCUUCCUGGAGACCUUAUACUGUGUUUUCAGGAAGGUAAAGAUCAGGCUCUUUAUUUUGAUGCCCAUGUUCUUGAUGCACAAAGAAGAAGACACGAUGUAAGAGGAUGUCGAUGUCGGUUUCUAGUGCGUUAUGAUCAUGAUCAGACUGAGGUAUAACUUAUAUUAUAAUAGUUCAUUCAUGUCUUCUUUUUUUAAAUUGUUUUCCUUCUUAGUUGUGUGCUUGCUUGUUGCAAGAUUACCCACAUUUAUAUAUAAUUUCUAUGAUGUGUGGCUUCCAGAUGGGGUCAUGAACAGUACGGAAUUAUUGACAAUCCUAACCUAUUUAAACUAUUAAUUGAUUAUCAUGAAUGAAUACCAAAAACAAGUUUAUCUUGUGUAAAUCCAUGCAACUAGCCAACCCAGAUGAAUAUGAAUAAAUACUGAUAAUGAAAAGACAAUCUUAUCUGGAUGAUCUAACAAUUGACAUGUUUGUUAAAUCUUGUACAAUAAACGACAAAGAAUCAUAAAAAUGUUUAGUUCGAAAAAAAAAAAAAUUCUGAAUGGUAUGGUAGAAAUGUUUUGCAAAUAACUUUUUGAGGUGCAGCACGUGAUGGAUAUUGCAACUUUAGAUUUUAGUG